AUGGCAGCUUUUGCUCCAGUCUCGGUGAAGCAACACUCGAGUACAACACACAAUCACUCUCCAGAGUCGCGACAUUGGCGACAAUACAAACACCCGAUCUUCAUAAAAGAAUACGCCCCAGUCACCGCCGUUCAUUUUGCUCCGUCCAAACCUCACCGUCUAGCGGUAACGGCGGCGACUAGAGUGCAGAUUUACGCUCCACGAACCCAAAAACUCACAAAGAGCAUCUCCCGCUUCAAGGAUGUUGCUAGAAGUGCCUCUAUCCGCGCCGACGGUAAGCUCGUCGUUGCUGGUGACGAUUCUGGUCUAGUCCAAGUUUUCGACCUCAACUCCCGUGCCAUUCUACGGACUCUAGACUCGCACAAGCAACCAGUGCAUGUAACAAAAUUCUCCACCCUUGUCCCAACUCAAGUCUUGUCUUGUUCAGACGACACCACCGCAAAAAUUUGGGACGUUCCUUCUCAAACAGCGAUAACUACGUUUACUUCGCAUGCCGACUAUAUUCGCUCUGGACAAUUUUCGACUUCCAACCCUAACCUUGUUCUCACUGGAUCCUAUGACGGAACCGUCAGAUUAUUCGACUCCCGUUCUGGCCACUGUGAAAUGACCAUGGGAGGAGGCGACACGCCCGUCGAGCAGGUGCUCAUGUUUCCUUCCGGAUCUGUCGCCAUUUCAUCUACGGGUCCAAUUCUUCGCGUUUGGGACCUAGUGGCUGGUGCACGGUGCACGAGGGCUCUCUCGAACCACCAAAAGACUGUGACAGCGUUGGCCUUCAACGCAACUGCCAGUCGACUGCUCACUGGUGGCCUCGAUCAAAUGGUCAAGGUGUACGACGUAAGCAACUACAAAGUUGUUCACACAAUGCGGUAUCCUGCUCCAAUUCUAUGUCUUGCAGUUUCGGCAAACGAGACGCAUAUUGCUGCUGGUAUGUCCGAUGGGACCCUGUCAGUGCGGAGACGACAACCAAAGCCUUCCGAGGCUGCAGCUGACCCAGCGUUCUCUUCAACUGCCCUUAAAUCCGGCGCAUACGAGUCUUUUCUCGGUGCCUCCUUUGCUGCGGUCGGUCACGGAACGGUGCGGGAUAAGACCAAGGCAAAGGCGGUUGGAGAUAUCAACGAAUUUCGGGUGGAAAGCAGGAGAGCGAAGCGGUUAAAAGAUUAUGAUCGUUUGCUCAAGAGCUUCAAAUACUCGGCUGCCCUCGAUGCUGUGCUUCGCAAGCAAGUUCCUCCAGCUACCGCGUUCGCCCUGAUCCAAGAACUGAUCCACCGAGAUGGCUUACGGAUAUCACUCGCUGGUCGCGAUGAUGUCCUCUUAGAGCCAGUCCUCCGCCUACUGGUCAAAUAUGUUACCGAUCCUCGGUUUGGAGAAAUGGUCUGCGAUGUCGCUGGUAUCGUCAUUGAAAUGUACACGCCCGUGUUGGGCCAAUCCCCGCUCAUCGAUUCUCUCUUUUUGCGCUUCCGCAAAAAGGUUGCAGCCGAAUUACGCUUCCAGAAGGAGGUCGCAAAGACCAAGGGUGCCUUGGACAUGUUAAUCGCUGCUUCCAGUCUGGCGACUUGA